AUGUCUGACAUCACCCAAACCAUCAAGGACGGAGUCAACUACGUCUCCGAGUCCAUCCAAGGUGCCGGAGCCCAGGCUUCCCACGAGGCCAACAAGGAGACCGCCAAGUCAUCUGACGCAUCCCUCGGUACCCGCGCCAGCGCUGCCAAGGACUCUGUUGGAGACAAGUUCGACCAGAAGUCCCACGACACCAAGGCCGAGGUCCACAAGGGUUAG